AUGUCGCCCUCACCGCAACUCUCCCCUCCAGGGAGCAGCACCUAUGAUUCAAACACCAUGCAUGUGGGCGACGGGACGUGGGAUGCGGGAAGAGAUAACUUUCUCCUGCCCAACCUUAUGGGACUAAAUUUUGCGACGAUGAGAUACAAUGGAAUGGGAAAUCGCUUCUUCUCCCUGACUGGAUACCAUAGCCUGGUCGAAGCGCACGGCAUCAUCGCCGCCAUCACAUUCCUUGGAAUUGUCCCCCUCGCGAUCUUCCUGAUGCGAUUCUACGGCCGCCAACCUCGACUUGCCCUCCGAAUGCACAUAUGGCUGCAAAUCCUCACUCUGCUCUUGAGCACGGUGGUUAUCAUCCUAGGCUUUCAGGCUGUCGGCCCGAAUAGAAGCUUGACCAAUCCCCAUCAUGGGAUCGGUGUCGCAAUAUACGUCUUGAUCUGGGUCCAAGUGUUGGGAGGCUGUAUGGUGCACCGAAAAGAAAAGGGGAGGAAACACGCACACAUUCCUCUCCGUGUCAUGCUCCAUCAUUGGCUAGGCCGGGCUAUUGCUUUACUUGGGAUCGUCCAGGUUCCGCUUGGCCUGACCCUCUAUGGAUCGCCUGCCUACUUGUUUGUUCUUUUUUCACUAUGGGGCUUUUUCAUGCUUUCCUUGUACUUCAUCCUGCAGUAUCUGGCUGAGCGACGAAGAGGUCGCUAUGGACCCGGCGGCGGUAGCGGUCACCAUGACGUUGUUGAGGACGUGGAUGACCGCAGACACACUGGGCUGGGGAAACUGGCACUGGCGGGAGCUGCUGGUGUGGGUCUCGCAGCCUUGUUUAGGAGACGGUCUUCGAGGAGAGACGAUUCGCCUCAUCGUGUGCAUGGAUCUGGAACCGAGGUGACUGGAAGUGGAUCGUCUUAUUACUACGACGACGACAAGCUGUCCGAUCGGCCUCGUCACGGUAUUGGACACCGCCUGUUACAGGUCGCAGCUAUUGGAGGGGCUGUUGCCGCAGUCAAGAAGUUGAUGGGCCGCAGAGACCGUGACGACGACUCGGAUGCUGGCCCCUACAGACCACCUCUCGGCGGCAAUCAGUCUGUGACGACAGACUCGAUGUCUCGAAUCGAAGAAGGCAGGCCACCCUCCAUCCGUCCAGUGACACCAACCGGUGUCAGUCCGGGCCACAUUCGACCGACCCAUCCUCUCGCCCAAACCCCAAUGACACCAGGCUCAAAUGGACGGCGACCAUCAGAGUCGUUGUACUCGUACGAUUCAUAUAUGUCAGGAUCCCCAUCGCGACGCGAUCGGAGAUCGCAUGGAUUCCGAGAUGCCGUGGUCGCAGGAGGGACUGUGUUCGCUAUCCGACAACUGUUCAAAAACCGCAGGCAACGCAAAGAAGAUCUCCGCGCAGAACAACUGAGAAAGGAGAGGAUAGACCAGGAGCGAAGAGCACGCAUGGACGCGGCUCACGGGUAUACUGGUGAUGGAUAUGCACCCCCCAGACGAGCUCGCCACGGCAGGAUGGGCAGCCAGACUGCUUCAGACAUAUCGACCGAUUUAGGACCUCCUGGAAUGAGCGGAGCCAUCCCACCAGCAGUGGGAGCAGGCGUUGGAGCCGCGGCAGCAAGCGCUCUUGCGGACAGAGAUCGGAUCAGACCAAUAGGCCAAGAUCCUCCCAUCGCACAGCCAGUUCCGCCUUCUUCUGCUUAUCCUGUGCCUGGCCCCAGCCAUGCAGAAAUACCCCCUAUUCCACCACCUCACCUCGAGUCAUCAGGCAGCGAACUUUACACCACUGGAUCCGGCCGACAACGGCAUCGACAUCAUCUCCGCGACGAAGCUGCCGCUGGGCUGGCAGGAGCAGCCCUGGGAGCCGCGGCAGCGGAGGAGUCUCACCGUCAGCGAAGACAAGGCAGCCGUAACAACAACACGGACAGCAUGGAAUCCCCACCUGUCAGUGUCAAGAUAAACAUGCACAACGAUGGUCGCCAAGUGACCCUUCGACGAUUGACUGAGGAAGAGGCCGCGGCACAGCGUGAAGCGCGCAGGAGAGAACGCCAGGCCUCUGCGGCGGCGAGGAGGUCAAGGAGAGGCUCAAGUUUCAGCGGGAGUGACAGUGAGGCUAUGGGGGCAACUAGUGCUGAUCGACGGUGGAGGCGCACUGAAGCUCUGGAAGCCGAACAGGCUGCUCAGAAUGAAGCUGCUGCCCAAGCUGCUGCCAUGCCACACCCGGCCACAGCCGUGACUCCUCAACCACCAACGUCUGUUGCCGGGUUUAGCCCUGCUCCGACGAUUCCAUAUCCUGCUCCAGCCGAUCCGCACAACGUGCAAACCGGCGCUCCGCAGGCAUACCAAGUGCCUCUUCCGCCUCCGCCACCUAUCCCUGGAUCAGCUAGCAACCUGGGGUAUCCAGGUGGAAGUGGUAUCACUUCGCCUGGGACGGAGACAAGUGGAGCGACAGAAUAUGCUAAUAAUAGGAGAAGGAGGCGGGCAGAACGGGCUCAGGCGAGGUUAGCCAGGGAAGGCAGAACUGGAGGAACCGUGGAGUUUACCUGA